GGAAAUGUUUUGAACUAGAAUAUAAAUAUAAUUGCCGGACAGCCUUAAGUUAUAUGACUAAAGCCAGUCAUGGCAAUUUUGUAAUGACUGAAGUACUGGACAUGUUAUUUCGUUUCCAAAGUUUAGCCCUAUAUUAUCGAAAAUGCAUUACGUAAAGACUUCGUAUUUGAUUACUGUGUAUAGCGCAAUAGAAAUAAUGAAAGGUGAACAUUUCAUAUAUCUGCAACAAUACUUUGAAAGUUGGGAAACGAUAUGUUCAACUCCUGACUGGGCUACAGACUUCUCUCGCAACUGGUAGCCGCCACCCGCCGUGCAUUGAUUAAACAGGGGUGUCUCAUCUGUAAUAAAUAUGUCAUCCACUUGUACAUAAGCACGUGCCUACGUUAUAGUUAUAGAAGUUACAUCCAAGUAUAUAGAUUUAUAGCAGACUUCUAUGCCAACCAGUGUGCAGGGCAUUCACUGAAAUUUCAUGAUUGAUGAUAACCCAUCAGUAAUAAUAAUGGCAUUUCAUCGUGGUCACUGGCAUAAGGUCAGUUAAAUGUCCAUGGGAGCAGUACAGGUGGAAACAAAAGUGAGAGAUCUGUUUGGGAAUUAAUGCUGAAAAUUAUAGGUAAACCUCAUAAUACCGGAAAUUGCCUGGCAUAAUGGAUGUUGGAUUAAUCAAACAAGAAUCAAGAGAAGGAGACCAGGCUGCCUCAGAAGAUGCUGACUAUCCAUGGAGUUUAAAUUUCAUAGAAAUUAAAGAAGAAUAUGGGAAGGGAAUUAUCAAAGAAGAGUGUGCUGAAUGUGUUGAAAACAGUGAUGAUACAGAAAAGAGAAUGUUUGAUGAAGAUGGUGCAAUGGAAAAUGUAGAGGAUUAUAAUGGAUAUAUUACACCAAUAAAAGUGGACGAUGGCAUUACAAUAGAACAUGGAAUUGUGAAGAAGGAAGAGGUGCGUAGUCAUGAGUGUGAAGUGUGUAAGAAAACAUAUUCAAAACUAAGUAAACUUCAACGGCAUUUCCUGGUUCACACGGGAGAACGCCCUUACAUUUGUAAAGUAUGUAAUAAAUCAUUUACAGAGAAAGGCAAGCUCAAACGUCAUUCUCUUAGUCACACGGGAGAACGACCACAUGUGUGUAAUGUGUGUAACAGAUCUUUUACAUUACUUUGCAAUCUCAAAACUCAUAUUUUAACUCACACGGGGGAGCGACCACAUAUCUGUAAGUUCUGCGGCAAAUCUUUUACACAGUUGUGUAACUUGAAGAAACAUGUUAUGAUACACACUGGAGAGCGUCCUCACAUGUGCAAUGAAUGUGGUAGGUCAUUUACAGAACCAGGUGGUCUCAAGAAACAUUUCCAUCUUUUACAUACUGGAAUUCUACCCCAUGAAUGCCGUGUGUGUGGUAAGUGUUUCAAACGAAAGUGCAAUCUUCGAGAACAUUUCCAGAUCCAUGAACGAGAGUGAAUGCCCUAGUUCUUACUAUAAAGAUGAAGGCAGUGUGUGAUGAGCAAUAUACUGUGAACAUAAAAUGAAAUGUCUCUCUACUUUUGUUUCACUUCACGAUGAAACGGUGCAAGACAAAAUU